GGCCUGGGUGUUAGAGCAGACCGGUCUGGCCCUACGCUCUGCCACCUGGCAGCCAUGUGGACGGCUACCAACUUCCACCUCUUGGCCUUGGCGUCCUUGCUGGCGGCGGUCUGGGCAGCGGGCAGCCAGCGGAGGGCGACAGAGGGCGGGAUCCACAGGCGAUCCCACCGCGUGCAGCACGGGCGCUGCAGCUACACCUUUGUCCUGCCGGAGGCUGACCUGCCGCCCUGCCAGCAUGCCGCGGACGCCUUCGACGUCAACACUCUCCAGAGGGAUUCGCCCGCCGGCCCUUCGCUGCGGAACGACGACCAGUCCACGCAGCGCGUCCAGCAGCUUGAGAGGGUCUUGGAAAACAAUACCCAGUGGCUGUUGAAGUUGGAGAGUUACAUCCAGAUGAGCAUGAAGUCGGAGAUGGUGCAGAUCCAGCAGAACCAGACGGCCACCAUGUUGGAGAUCGGGACAAACCUCUUGAACCAAACGGUGGAGCAGACCAGGAAACUCACGGAUGUGGAGGCUCAGGUGCUCAACCAGACGUCCCGCAUGGAGGUCCAACUCCUGGAGAACUCUCGGUCCACCAACAAGCUGGAGAAGCAGCUGCUGAUGCAGACGGAUGAGAUCCACAAACUGCAGAACCAGAACAGUAACUUGGAAACCCGGGUCCUGCAGAUGGAGACCAAGCACCUGGUGGAGAUGGAGGGGAUGAGGACUGAGAAGGAAGAGCUGCAGCAGCUAGUGAGCAGCCAGAGUGACACCAUUGAGGGCCUGGAGAAGUCUCUGCAUGCCACCCACAGCAACACCAGCCUGCUCCAGGAACAGCAGCAGCAGCUCCUGGAGUCGGUCCAGGGUUUGGUCCAGCUGGUCUCCCAAGGCAAAGUUCCUUUGAAGAAAGAAGAUCGUAUCUUUCCAGACUGUGCAGAAAUCCGCCAAUCUGGACUCAACCUCAGUGGGGUUUACACCCUUCAUAUCAACAAUCUGACUGAACCCAAAAAGGCCUAUUGUGACAUGGAAGUAGACGGAGGGGGCUGGACGGUCAUCCAGCACCGGGUCAACGGCAGCAUCAGUUUCCAAAAGAACUGGAAAGAGUACAAACAGGGCUUUGGAGACCCAGCAGGAGAAUAUUGGCUGGGUAAUGAGGCAGUCUACCUCUUGACCAACCAGGCAGCCUUUUCCUUGAGGGUGGAGCUCCUGGACUGGGAAGGCAAUCGCGUCUACGCCCAGUAUGAAAAGUUCCAGCUGGGGAGUGAGCAACAACGGUACAAGCUUUUUUGGAAAGGCUACAAGGGCAACGCAGGGCAGCAGAGCAGCUUGGCUCGCCAAGGGACCGGCUUCAGCACGCGAGACGCCGAUAAUGACAACUGCAUGUGCAAAUGUGCCCAGAUGCUUUCUGGUGGUUGGUGGUUCGAUGCCUGUGGGAAUUCAAACCUGAACGGCAUCUACUAUCCGGCCAGGCACAACACCCGGAAACUGAAUGGGAUCCGAUGGCAUUACUUCCAUGGGACGGGUUACUCAUUAAAAGGCUCGCGGAUGAUGCUCAGGCCUUCGGGGGGCCGUGAAGGGGCGUAGCGGAUACAGU